GUCUUUGUUCAUCUCCAGAGACUCUCCUUGCAUCUUCCUUUAGAGGGCGCGCCUCCCGUGCGCCUUCUUUAACUACUUAUGGAAUCCACAUGUCUCCUCUUCUUUUCCAUUGUAGCUAUCUUCUUCGUGGCUGGUCAUGGCGUAUCAGAGACCGAAUCUCUCUUGAAAUUCAAGAAUUCUAUUGUUAUUGGGAGAGAAAAUGCUUUGGAGAACUGGAAUAGAAGGAAUCCUCCAUGCAAAUGGACUGGUGUCUUGUGUGAUAGAGGCUUUGUUUGGGGGUUACGACUAGAGAAUUUUGAGAUCUCCGGCUCUAUAGAUAUCGAGGCGUUGAUGGAUUUGAAGUCUCUAAGGUCUCUUAGCUUCAUAAACAACAAACUUAGAGGUCCAUUUCCAGAGUUCAAGAAACUUGUUGCUUUGAAAUCGCUUUACUUGUCAAACAAUCAAUUCGACGUAGAGAUACCUAAGGAUGCAUUUGAUGGGAUGGGGUGGUUGAAAAAACUCCAUCUGGAGAACAAUAAUUUUAGUGGUGAAAUUCCAACGUCCUUGGUUAAAAGUCCCAAGCUUUUAGAGCUUAGACUUGACGGGAACCGGUUCACUGGACAAAUACCAGAAUUCACACAUCAACCACACAUGUUAAACCUUUCAAACAAUGCAUUGGCAGGUCAAAUCCCAAAUAUUCUCAGUACAAUGGAUUCAAAAUUGUUUGAAGGAAACAAAGGCUUAUGUGGGAAACCCUUGGAUACAAAGUGUACUUCUUCUUACAUUCUUUCCCAAGAGCCCAAGUCAAGCCCCAAGAAAAAAUCAUUUAAGUUUUUGUACAUUGUAGCUAUAGCGAUAGCAGCACUGGCUGCAUUACUCGUAAUUAUUGGAUUGAUCAUCUUCCUUUACCGGAGACGAGCGAAAAGACAACCACUAUUGUCAGCAGAACCUGGACCAUCAAGUCUACAAAUGAGAGCUGGAAUCCAAGAAAGUGAAAGGGGACAAAGUAGCUACCAUUCACAAAACCGCGCUGCAAAAAAGAUGAUUCAUACCACAAAAUUGUCAUUUUUGAGAGAUGACAAGGGAAAAUUUGAGUUGCAAGAUUUAUUGAAAGCAUCGGCAGAGAUUUUAGGAAGUGGAUGUUUCGGAGCAUCGUAUAAGACAUUGCUUUCGAACGGAUCAGUGAUGGUAGUGAAGAGGUUUAAACAUAUGAAUAAGGCAGGAAUUGAGGAGUUCCAAGAACACAUGAAGAGGUUGGGGAGGUUAAACCAUGAGAAUUUGCUCCCCAUUGUGGCUUAUUACUAUAAAAAAGAGGAAAAGCUUUUUGUUUCCGAUUUUGUUGCGAAUGGAAGCUUGGCUGCUCAUCUACAUGGUCAUAAAUCUUUAGGGCAACCAAGCUUGGAUUGGCCAACAAGAUUGAAUAUUGUGAAAGGUGUUGGAAGGGGACUUUUAUACCUCAACAAAAACCUACCUAGCCUAAUGGCUCCUCAUGGUCAUCUAAAAUCAUCUAAUGUUCUUCUCAGUGAGAAAUUUGAGCCUCUUCUUAUGGACUAUGGCUUGAUCCCAAUGAUCAACGAAGAGAGCGCGCAAGAGCUCAUGGUGGCUUACAAAUCCCCAGAGUACUUAAAACAAAACCGCGUGACCAAGAAAACCGAUGUGUGGGGGCUCGGGGUACUAAUCUUGGAGAUUCUUACAGGAAAGUUACCUGAAAGUUUCCCGCAAAUCGAUAAAGAAAGCGAGGAGGACCUAGCGAGCUGGGUGAGGUCGAGUUUUAAAGGAGAGUGGACACAGGAAUUAUUUGAUCAAGAAAUGGGGAAAACAAGCAAUUGUGAAGCACAUAUACUCAAACUCUUGAAUAUUGGACUGAGUUGUUGUGAAGUAGAUGUGGAGAAAAGGUUAGAUAUAAGAGAGGCUGUUGAGAAGAUGGAAGAUUUGAUGAAGGAGAGAGAACAAGGAGAUGAUGAUUUUUACUCAACAUAUGCGAGUGAAGCUGAUGGGAGAUCAUCGAGGGGAGUAUCAAACGAGAAGACGGGAGAGUUCGUUGUAGUGUGGUUCUUUGACCCUGAUAUUUAUUUAUUCUAUUGCAAGAAGGGGGAUAACCAUUACACUAUCAUUUCGUUGUAUCACGAAGUCCCCAAGUUAUUAAAAGGCUUAAAUGAUCUAGUACUCCGGGGUUACCGUCUUUACAUAGCAUCUAAACGUGGUUUCGUUCGAGUUCUAGAUUUGUCUGGACAACAAGAUUUCGAGGAUGUCACCGGGAGUAACCCAAAGCCAAUGUUUUCUCCUCUCGGGGAACAUAAUUCUUUUAGCAUUGCCGUUACAACAACAGCAGAGGUUUUGUUGGUCGAGAGCAAAACCUUCGAAAACCAGAGGACCUUCCGCCUCUUUAAGAAGGAUCCUAACAAUGCAGACCCACUUGUCCACAGCCCCAAGCUUCUUGAGGUAGAUUCUCUUGGUGAUGAAGCCCUGCUUCUUGACUUGGGUAUUACGGUACCGGCUAACCAUACCAUUGGUAUCAAACCAAACUCUAUCUAUUUCACCCGUCAUGACCGUGCCUGUCUCCGCAUCCCUUUUGAUCUUGACAUCUGUGUGUUCAAUCUUGCAACCAAGACCCUCAAACGCUUCCCUCAACUCGCCAACAUGAAUCUCAAGGAUGCUCAAUGGUUUCUCCCUAUGACUUGAUUCAUGCAUUUUGAUGUUCUUGAAAGUUCUUGUUUCCUUUUAGUUCUAUAUGUAGUCGUCUUUUUGCCUUUUGUUUAAUUCUAUUCAUUAAUUGGUUGUUGCACGUUUUGAUUUAGAAAAAAAUAUAUGUAAUACGAUCGUGUGUCUUCAACUGCAUGUACUAGCUAGUGAAUAAUGGUGAUAAGUGUUG